UGUUGUCACUCUCCAUACCCAUAAGCGGGGGAGUGAGAGGUGCAUGAAAUGGAGAAAAAUGGCGGAUCAUGUGCAGGGCCUUGCCCAGCUGGAGAUCCUGUGUAAGCAGCUGUAUGAGACUACCGACACCGCCGUCCGACACCAGGCAGAGAAAGCUCUGGUGGAGUUCACCAACAGCCCCGACUGUCUCAGCAAAUGUCAGCUACUGCUGGAGCGAGGCAGUUCGUCAUAUUCCCAGCUUCUUGCAGCCACUUGUUUGUCUAAACUGGUAUCUCGAACCAGCAACCCUCUACCCCUCGAGCAACGCAUCGACAUCCGGAACUAUGUGCUGAAUUACCUGGCUACGCGGCCGAAGUUAGCGGCAUUCGUGACCCAGGCUUUGAUCCAGCUGUACGCCAGGAUCACCAAGCUGGGCUGGUUCGACUGUCAGAAAGAUGACUACGUCUUCAGAAACGUCAUCGCCGAUGUGACGCGCUUUCUGCAGGAUAGUGUUGAACACUGCAUCAUCGGGGUGACCAUUCUGUCCCAGCUGACCAACGAGAUCAAUCAGGCCGACACGACACAUCCUCUGACCAAACAUAGGAAGAUAGCAUCAUCAUUCAGAGACUCCUCCCUCUUCGACAUCUUCACUCUGUCCUGCAACCUCCUCAAACAGGCCUCGGGGAAGAACCUGAACCUGAAUGAUGAAUCUCAGCACGGUCUGCUGAUGCAGCUGCUCAAACUCAGCUACAAUUGCCUCAACUAUGACUUUAUAGGAACUUCCACAGACGAGUCGUCGGACGACCUCUGCACCGUUCAGAUCCCCACGUCAUGGAGAUCAGCGUUUCUUGAUUCCUCCACUCUGCAGCUCUUUUUCAAUUUAUAUCAUUCCAUCCCUCCGUCCCUCUCCCCAUUGGUGUUGUCAUGUCUAGUUCAGAUAGCCUCUGUCAGGAGGUCUCUCUUCAACAACGCAGAACGAGCAAAGUUUCUCUCACAUUUGGUGGACGGAGUGAAGAGGAUACUAGCGAACCCACAGUGUUUGCCAGAUCCUAAUAACUACCACGAGUUCUGUCGUCUGCUGGCGAGGCUGAAGAGUAACUACCAGCUCGGGGAGCUGGUCAAAGUAGAAAACUACCCUGAAGUUAUUCGACUCAUAGCAAACUUCACCGUCACCAGUCUGCAGCACUGGGAGUUUGCACCCAACAGCGUUCACUACCUGCUGAGUCUGUGGCAGCGUCUGGCAGCAUCGGUCCCGUACGUGAAAGCCACUGAACCUCACCUGCUGGAGACCUACACUCCUGAGGUCACCAAGGCCUACAUCACAUCGCGGCUGGAGUCGGUCCACGUCAUCCUCAGAGACGGAUUAGAAGACCCUCUGGAUGACGCCGGCCUCGUUCAGCAGCAGCUGGACCAGUUAUCCACCAUCGGCAGGUGUGAGUAUGAGAAGACGUGCGCUCUGCUGGUCCAGCUGUUCGACCAGGCGGCUCAGACCUACCAGGAGCUGCUCCAGUCCACCAACUCGAGCGCCGCAGACGUCACCGUGCAGGAGGGUCGGUUGACGUGGUUGGUUUACAUAAUCGGAGCGGUGAUCGGCGGACGGGUGUCGUUUGCGAGCACAGACGAGCAGGACGCUAUGGACGGAGAGUUAGUCUGUCGGGUGCUCCAGCUGAUGAAUCUGACCGACUCUCGGCUCGCUCAGGCCGGGAAUGAGAGACUGGAGCUGGCCAUGCUCAGCUUCUUCGAACAGUUCAGAAAGAUCUACAUCGGUGACCAGGUGCAGAAAUCAUCAAAGCUUUAUCGACGACUAUCAGAAGUUCUGGGGUUGAACGACGAGACGAUGGUCCUCAGUGUCUUUAUAGGGAAAAUCAUCACUAACUUAAAGUACUGGGGCCAGUGUGAACCAAUCACCUCCAAGACCCUGCAGCUGCUGAACGACCUCUCGUUAGGAUACAGCAGUGUGAGGAAGCUGGUGAAGCUCAGUGCAGUGCAGUUCAUGUUGAAUAACCACACAAGUGAGCACUUCUCCUUCCUCGGAGUGAACAACCAGUCCAAUCUGAGCGACAUGAGAUGUCGGACCACCUUCUACACGGCACUGGGACGCCUGCUGAUGGUCGAUCUAGGAGAAGACGAGGACCAGUUUGAACAGUUCAUGCUGCCCCUGACGGCGGCGUUUGAAGCUGUGGCUCAGAUGCUGAGUACGAACACCUUCAAUGAGCAGGAAGCCAAGAGGACUUUGGUGGGUUUGGUCCGAGACCUGCGCGGCAUCGCGUUCGCCUUCAACGCCAAGACCAGCUUCAUGAUGCUCUUCGACUGGAUAUAUCCAGCCUACAUGCCCAUCUUACAGCGGGCCAUAGAGCUUUGGUACCAUGACCCAGCAUGCACCACACCUGUCCUCAAGCUAAUGGCUGAACUCGUUCACAACAGAUCCCAAAGGCUCCAGUUCGACGUGUCGUCACCCAACGGCAUCCUGCUGUUCAGAGAAACCAGCAAGAUGAUCACGACCUACGGGAAUCGAAUCCUGACGCUGGGCGAAGUCCCGAAGGACCAGGUGUACGGAGUGAAGCUGAAGGGGGUCAGCGUGUGUUUCGCCAUGCUGAAGGCGGUGCUCAGCGGAAACUACGUCAACUUCGGGGUCUUCCGCCUGUACGGCGAUGACGCUCUGGAUAACGCCUUACAGACCUUCAUCAAACUACUGCUGUCCAUCCCCCACAGUGACUUAUUAGACUAUCCUAAGCUCAGCCAGUCCUUCUACUCGCUGCUGGAAGUGCUGACACAGGACCACAUGAACUUCAUCGCCAGUCUGGAGCCUCAUGUGGUCAUGUACAUCCUGUCUUCGAUAUCUGAAGGGCUCACGGCUCUCGAUACGAUGGUGUGCACAGGCUGCUGCUCCAGUCUGGACCACAUAGUGACCUACCUGUUCAAACAGCUGUCACGCUCCACAAAGAAGCGCCCCACUCCGAUGGCGACGGACGAUCGCUUCCUGCACAUCAUGCAGCAGCACCCGGAGAUGAUCCAACAGAUGCUGUCCACAGUUUUGAACAUCAUCAUCUUCGAGGACUGUAGGAACCAGUGGUCAAUGUCACGACCUCUGUUAGGCCUCAUCCUGCUAAACGAGAAGUAUUUUGCUGACCUGAGGAACAGCAUCGUGAACAGUCAGCCCCCAGAGAAGCAGCAGGCCAUGCACUUAUGUUUCGAGAACUUGAUGGAGGGAAUAGAGAGAAAUCUACUAACGAAGAAUCGGGACAGGUUCACUCAGAACUUGUCGGUGUUCAGGAGGGAAGUCAACGACAGCAUGAAGAACUCAACGUACGGCGUCAACAGCAACGACAUGAUGAGCUGACAUUCCACGCAGCAGAGUCUUACCCAGCCGCAGACAGAGCUCACCCCUCCCCUCGGCCCCGCCCCUCUCCUCCACAGCCUCCCCCCUCCCUCCCUGCCCCCCCUCCCCAACCCUCUCUGCAUCAGCCUCCCCUGCCUCCCUCCCCCCCUGGGCCCGGAUGCCUAGGGAUCACCUCCUCACCCCCGUACACGACGCACGGGAUCGUUGAUUGAGUUCAGCGAGUAACGCCCUCACCCUCCCCACCCCCCAUCCCGCAGCCCCGCCCCUUCCUCCUCCUUUUUGAUAUAAGCAUAUAUAAAUAUAUACAGAUCUAUUUUAAAGCCAGUCUGCGUUGGUCUGACUCGCCUGGCUGUCCCAGCAGAGGAGGGGUCGCAUGUCUGAGCACUCUGAAUCACUCACAGAGGAAGGAGAGUGCUGUGGGUGGAAACGGAGGUGAGGUGGGGGUGAGGUGGAGGUGAGGUGAGGUGAGGAAUGCCGGUAAACGUAGUAAUCCGCUUCUGCCUGCCUUGUAUAGAAAAACACUCAAAAACCAAGUGUACAUUUUUUUUCGUAACAUUUUGAACAAUGUUUAUAAUGAUCGACUUUAAAACACAAAGAUGAGUUGAGGAAAAACAACAAGAAAAACAAUAAAAACCGUGUGAUUGAGCUUUUUACAGUGUAGUGAGUUAGUGCAACUGUCUGUCUGCGUGGGGAGCGAGCUUUCCACAGAGCUGAGAGGGAGGACGGGUGAGGAUGGGGGGGAGUGGACUGAGCUGCAGGGUGGCCACAGGUGCGCUCAGGCUGCAGAGCUGUCACCAUGACGACGCAGAGGUACACACACUAACGGACAGGUUGAGUCAGAGCAUCCAUGUUGUACAUUUUUCUCAGUCUCUGGUCGAAGUGAUGUAAAUACCCACGUUACCCCGCGGCAGCAGGCGCGACGCCUUUAAAGGGACAGUUCAGCUUUUUUAUCAGCCUGGGUCUUACUCUGUGUCCCGUCCGACUCUGGGUCAUCUGAGGACAUUCUGCUGGAGCCUGGUCCAGUUCAGACUUUAACCAGAGAUGCACAGUUUCCUGUGACAGGGAAGAACUGAACCAACACCUGGUUUUUACUGAAACCGUUUCAAACUGGAGCUGAUUCAUCAGUUCAGUGAUUUUUAUCAUCAUUCAUUCUCUGAACUCUGGGAUUAAACUCAGUUAAUCAGCUGCACUGAUCGUCUGACUUCACUUCAUCGGCCAGUCGUUUCAGUUCAGCUUCAAAAGUUCAAAGUUCAGAUUCAUUGUUUACUGAGAUAAAUGUUCAGCUCAUCUUCAGGAUUUUGCUUUAAAAUGAUUUAUUGAUUUAUUGCGGAUCAGAGUCGUUUCUGAUCGUUUUUAGUUGCAGCUCCGGUUUGAAGCUGAUACCAGAUGUUUUCUUCCUCCCUGCUAACGAGCAGAGCCAGAGCCGGAUCGGGCGCAGGUACGAGGCUGACAGAUUCCGUCAUUUCCCUUCACAAGGUCCCGUCUGGUCUGACCCGGCUCCGGACACGAGGCCCCGGCGUCCCCGGGGUCUCGUGUUCACACACUCGCUUGUUUCCCUGCGACGGUCGAUGUGUAAGCAACAUGGUCACGGCCACGUUUUCCCCUCUGGUAGGCUGGGUGCAGUGUCCACCAUUUUGUUUACACUCUGGAUUCCUCGGACCAGGUUUUGGGACUGCCCCCCCUUUAGGUCCUGCAGUGGAGUCCUUUUGGUGUGUGUGCGUGUGUGUGUGUGUGUGUGUGUGAAGUGGCUCUCUGUUGCCUGGUGUGUAUGUGGUGUCUCAUGGUGCUCGUGAUGGAGCUCAAACAGCCAAGGUCUGUGCCACCGUACAGGACAAAAUACUAACGUUAAUAAUCAGGACGGAGGGGAAUCUGCCGCAGGUCCCGGUUCUGCUGGCGUCAGGCCGUCAGAGCUCCGGGUUCUGCCUUCAGGUCCCGGUUCUCCUGGCGUCAGGCCGUCAGAGCUCCGGGUUCUGCCGCAGGUCCCGGUUCUCCUGGCGUCAGGCCGUCAGAGCUCCGGGUUCUGCCGCAGGUCCCGGUUCUCCUGGCGUCAGGCCGUCAGAGCUCCCUUGAAAGAACCAGUUGAGUUUUAAAUAUCUGAAGAAUCUUGCAUUGAACCUUGGUAGAAGUCAGAACAGUGUAUAAAGAGACGCAGGAGUGGAGUCUAUUAGCAACUUGUGUUACUCUCUACGAUGUUGCUGCUAACUGUUUGUGACAACUAGCUCAUCUCUAACCAUGUCAGCACUCAUGGAUGUUUAUUGAGUUCCUAAUUUUUGGUUUGUGUCCCUGAUGUGAAUGUGUUGGGUCCAUAGAGUGAGUAGCUGUUUGAGUUGUUUGGAUGUCUGCUACAUAUAGUGUAAGCAUUGUGACUGCAAAUAAACCUCAUUGAUUUUUA